AAAAAAAUAAUGUCAAAUAAUCAACAUUGUGAUACCAAAUGCUUAGAACACCCUUAUCAAGAUAUUAUUUGGGUAUGCUCAACUUGUCCAAACAAUACUCCUGUAUGUAUUGACUGUAUUGUAGAAAUUCAUGAUGGUCAUAGAUUUAAAAGAUUAAAUGAUAUAAAUUUAAGAAAUAAAAUAGACCAAGAUUUUAAAAAUCAAACUGCACCAAAAAUUAAAAACUAUUUAGAAAAUAAUAAAAAAAUAUUGGAUGAAUCAAACAAUCAAUUUAAACAAAUUGAAGAUAGUUAUAAAAAUAAUUUAGAUAAAAAUUUAAACAUAUUUAAAGAAUUAAAAGAUAUUAUCAAUGAAAAAGAAAAUGAUAUCAAAGAAUUAUUAAAAUCUAAAUUCAAAAAAAAUAAAAAUUUAAAAAAUAAAAUAACAACAAAAAUAAAAAAUAAUAAUAAUAUAAUUUUUGAUGCUAUUUAUUAUAAUUAUUGUGUUAAUUAUAAUAUUGAUAAUAAUGAAUUUAUUAAACUUUUAAAACUCAAUCAUCAAUGUAAUAAUCUUUUAUCAAAUAUAAAUAAUAAUAAUAACGACUUACCAGUAUAUAAGGAUAACCAAUUAAUAAUUAAAGAAAAUAAUCUCUACUCAAUCAAAGAUCUAAUAAACAACUAUUCAGAAGUACUCGUUAAAAAUUUAAAAACCUUAAAAUUGUGUCAAAAAGAAUUUAAAAUUUACAGAGAGGGGUAUGAUAUUAGUCAUUUAAAUAUUGAUUCCCUUGCUAUUGGACCUACCCAAUGUUUACCAAAAGCUAUUCCAAAAAAAGUUACACAUUUAUUAUUACUAGAUGGCUUUAAUCAACCACUUGAUUUUAUACAACCCUCCGUACAAUACUUGUAUUUACAAAACAUCAAGUAUCAAUUAACACCUGAUUCAAUUCCAGAAACAGUUCAACAUUUAAUAUUACUAGAUGGCUUUAAUCAACCACUUAAAUUUAUACCACCAAAGAUAUACUGCUUGAAUUUACAAAACAUCAAGUAUCAUUUAUUGCUUGGUCCAAUUCCAAAAACAGUUACACAUUUAGUUUUACAAGAUUGUUUUAGUCAUCCACUUGAUUUUAUACCACCCGACGUAGAACACUUGUAUUUAUAUAACAUCAAGUAUCAAUUAACACAUAAUUCAAUUCCAGCAUCAGUUAAAUAUUUAUAUUUACUAAAAGGUUUUGAUCAACCACUUAAUUUUAUUCCAACCACCAUAAAGUGUUUGGAAUUAGGAAACAUCGAGUUUAAAUUAAAACCUGGUUCAAUUCCAAAUCAUUUAACUCAAAUUACAUUUUCCAAUGGCUUCUCUCAACGUUUUACAAAAGGUAUUAUCCCUGGCUCUACAGCUACCAUUUAUAUGGAAGAUGAUUUAAAUUUUGAUGGUUUACCCAUAACAAUUCCAGCAACAGUUUCACAUCUAUUAUUGCUUGAUGGCUUUAAUCAACCACUUAGUUUUAUACCACCCACCGUACAAUGCUUACUUUUACAAAAUAUCAAUUAUCUAUUAAUACCUGAUUCAAUUCCAACAACAGUUACAUGUUUAUAUUUACUAGAUGGCUUUAAUCAACCACUUAAGUUUAUACCACCUACCGUAGAAUGCUUGUAUUUAUAUAACAUCUGGUAUCAAUUAACACCUGGUUCAAUUCCAAAUCAUUUAACUACUCUUAUAUUUGAUAAUGGUUUCUCUCAACCUUUUACAAAAGGAAUUAUCCCUGACUCUAAUACUACUGUUUUUUUGGGGGAUGUAAAAUACCCUUUAAAAUUUGACUCCAUUUCAAACCCCAAACAAAAAAUUGAUUAUUCAAUCUUCUACCAACAUCCAAUAAUUAAAUUUCCAAAAUACCACAAAUAG